GGAAUAACAAAGUGCACCAGGUAGAGCAAUUUAUUCAAACAAGUCCCACAUAAUCAUCUAACAGCCCAUCUCCUGGUAUUUCCACACUCCCAAAUCUGUGCUGGGAGACAGCAUACCUUCUCAGCUCCUGAAGAAGAUGCACUACCUGUGAAACCUGAAUGGGCUGCAGCGCACGAUGACCCUCAACGUCCCAGGCCUGGUGGUGAUGGUACUGUUUUACCUGAUGGUGCUGGGUACCGGACUGUGGGCCUCGAGGAAGUCCAAGGAGUUAGAGAAAGACAGCAAAGCAGACCGGAGAGAGAUCACGCUGUUGGGCAACAGAGGGAUCAGUCUGGCGGUGGGAGUCUUCACCAUGACAGCUACAUUUAUAGGAGGCGGCUUCAUUGUUGGCCUGACGGAGAUUGUGUACACUCCAACUCUGGGACUCACCUGGGCGGUCAUGCCAGUGACAACAGCGCUGACUUUUAUUGUUGGUGGACUUUUCUUUGCCAAGCCAAUGAGGGAGAGGAAAUAUGUGACAAUGAUGGACCCCUUCCAGAUCAAGUAUGGAAGGUUAAUAAGUGGAGUGCUUUCUGUGGUUCUGGUCAUUUCUGAUGUAAUCUGGGUGACAGGAACUCUUAUCGGCUUAGGAGCAACAAUAAGCCUGAUCCUGGGUUUGUCCUACACUGUUUCCAUUUGGAUCUCUGCCACAGUAGCCAUCAUUUACACAUUACUGGGAGGCCUCUACUCUGUAGCCUACACAGACAUCAUACAGCUAACUCUCAUAUUCUUCAGUAUGUGGCUCUGUGUCCCUUUCAUCCUGAUGAGCCCACACUCAGUUGACAUUACCAAGACUGCUUUCAACUUUACCUACCAGGCACCUUGGAUUGGUUCUGUGGAAAAAGAAGAGGCAUGGCAAUGGAUUGACAAUGUAUUAUUAUUGGGUUUAGGUAACCUUGGAUAUCAGGACUUCCACCAGAGGACUCUUUCAGCCUCCUCAUCAAAUACAGCCAGGAUCACCUGCUUUAUUGCAGUUCCUCUAGUCUUCAUACUUGGAAUCCCAUCUGUGCUGAUUGGAGCAGUCGCGGCAUCAACAGACUGGAACAUGACCUUAUAUGGCUCCCCAUCCCCCUUCGAGCGAGGAGAUGCUGGUCAGGUUCUGCCAAUUGCUCUGCAGUACCUCACUCCAAACUACAUCUCCAUCAUUGGUAUUGGAGCUGUAGCUGCUGCUGCGAUGUCCUCAACAGACUCUGCACUAUUAUCCGCUGCCUCCAUCUUCUCAUCCAACAUAUAUAAGAACAUCCUAAGGACCACAGCAUCAGACAGGGAGCUCCAGUGGGUGAUCCGUGUCACUGUGGUGCUGGUGGGCGUGGCUGGCACAUCGCUCACCUUCCUAAACAACAGCAUCAUGGUUUUUUGGAUCCUGGGCUCAGACAUAACCUACACCAUCAUGUUCCCUCAACUAGUCUGCGUCCUCUUUUUCAACAUCUCCAAUGGUUAUGGCUCCAUCAUGGGCUUGCUAGUUGGAGUGCUGCUGAGAUUGCUCAGUGGUGAACCAUCCAUAGGGUUACCUGUUGUCCUUCACUUCCCGGGUUGCACUCUUGAAGAUGGCAUCUAUGUCCAGCGCUCUCCGGCCAGGACUAUCUGCAUGUUAUCCACUAUCUUUGUUACUUUGUUGUUCUCCUACCUGUCAUCACAGCUCUUCAAUAGAGGAUUGAUUUCUGAGAGGUGGGACGUAUUCAAAGUGAAGGCCAACAAACAAUCACAAAAACUAACAUUAACGAGCAAUGGCAUCAUCAAAACAGACAAGGAGGAGAAGCCCGAUGGUCAGAAUGAAACUGAACUAAUGCUAACCACCAGUCAGCCGGAGUGACAAACUAAUGAUUUAGUGGGAUGCAGAUGUAUUUUUUAUGGUGAUAUAUUAUCACACCUUCUAUUUUUAUGCCAAAUAUUUUGUGAAAUGAUCAUGUUGGCCUUAGGACCUUGGAGGAAUUCAUUGUUUGUAAUCAGUGCAUGGUUUGUUCCUGUUUAAGUCCCUGUUUAAGAAUACUAUCAUUGACUUACUUAAAAAAAUACUUGAACCUUCUCUUUUUAGCACUUAUAUACCAAUCUCAAAAGUUAUUGCUUAGAAAAGGUUAAGGCUAAGCAGCUUACAGCUGUUGUACACAAAUACUUCAUAAAUUACAAUCUUUCUUAUGUAGAGAUCAGUCCAGCAAAAUAGCACAGUGUUACAGUCAGCCGUGUCCCAGACCAGACACUGCUGACCAUCACAUUAUGCUUGAUAGACUGAGAUACUGGGUGGGUGUUUUAGGGUCUGCUUUGAAGUGGCUUGCUUCAUAUCUGUCUGAAAGAUUCUCUUCCAUGGUUGUUUCUAAAUUCAGGUCUCCUUCCACUUCUCUUGCCUCUGGUGUGCAACAAGAUUCUGUUUUGGGGGCCCUAUUGUUUCUGGUAUAUCUGCUCCCUCUUCAGUAUAUUUCUCAGCGGUAGCAACAAUUUUCUCAAGCUUAACAAAGAGAAAUCAGAAGUUGUUACUGCCCCUGACAGACUUCUGCCUAACUGAAACUCUUGGUUCCCUUGUCACUUUUCAGGACGCUUAGGGUAACUUAUGACUCAGCUUUGACUUUGGAUUCUCACAUUAAGUCUCCGCCAUGUGCUUUCUUUUAUCAUGUCAUUGCACCUCUGCAUUCUCAGUCAUUUUUAAACAUGUUGCUGUCAUUAAAUUUGAAACCAGCAUUGUUUUUUAAACAUUUCUAUUUCUAACAUUUCUAUGUCGAUUUGAAAUGGUGUCUUUUUUUAAACAAAGGUUUAAAUAAAGGGGUUUAAAUGAUUUGCUGCUGCAUUAUGUUUUUACACAAUUUCACUUUUUUUAAAAUGUCAUUUUGCAUUAUUGAGCUUGUGUCAAUUGUGUUGUGUUUUCAGAUUAAUCUAGAGGUUUGUUGGUGUGAACUGCACUUUACAUCUUAGAACAGUUUAAAAGUAUUUCUAAAAUUUUACAGGUGCUUUGUGAUAAAUGUGGUUUUUUUUUCUUUUUUUAAUUGGAAUAAUUAUAUUAGGGCAUUUGCAGUUUUA